AUGGCACAAGAUUCAGGUAGCAGCGAGCUACUGGAGGCAUACCGUGCGUUUACGGACCCCUCGACUCCCGGAAACGAGAGGUCGAGCCACUUGAACACGGUACUUCUGGCGGUCCAUGGCGGUGAUCGCGGGCUAGGCGAGGUGGUGAGCGACCUCGCCGCCGAGGCCUUCCUCAACUCGCCCGAGCCCACUGUUCGAAGGCGCUCAGUCCUGCUUGUGGCCGAGAUCAUGUGCCGUCUCCCACAACUUCCGCUCUCGUCGGACGUCCUGGCCUUUGUUGCCCUCUUUCUUGCCGACCGCGUCAAGGAUGACCAUACCCUCCCCGAGGUUCUCCGCGGCCUCCGCGGCCUCGUGGUCAACCACGGGAAGGAUCUGGCCGAAGAAUCGAUGGCGCAGAUUCUCUCGGUCUUUGUCACCAGCAUCAAGGGCAUCCAGAACAUGGCCCAGCCCGUUCGCCGCGAGUACUACACCCUUGUCGAGGCCAUGCUCGCCAGCCCCGCCUUUGUGGCAGUCGUCAACGCCAGGGCCGGCGCGGACUUUGUCUUUGCCUUUAUCCAGGCCAUGGACGGUGAGAAGGACCCGCGCAACCUCGGCCCAGUCUUCCGCAUUGUCAUCGCCAUCUUUGCCUCCAUCCCGGCAUUUGAGCGUUUCACGGAGGAUCUGUUUGACAUCACCUCGUGCUACUUCCCCAUCACCCUCCGCACCCCACCGUCAUCGACCCCGGCCUCGCUCGGCUUCUCCGUCGACGAGCUCAUUGCUGACCUGCGGAGAGUCUUCACCGCUGCCGAUGACCUCGCCCUCUACACCCUCCCGUUCCUGCUCGACAAGCUUGGCGCCUCGCUCGCCUCGACCAAGGCCGAGUCGCUCUCGGCUCUGGUCGUCGCCUUUGAGUCCUUCUCGCCGCAAGCGCUCGCCCCUGGGCCGGCGACAUCUGACGACAUCGACUUUGUCCGUGCUGCCGUCCCGCUCGUCCGUAUGUUCCUGGCCCGUCUUGCCGGUGACUCGGUCUCGCUCGCAGGCCUCCUCACCAAGGUCGUGACAGACCUUAAGGCUCCUGUUCUGGGUGAGCCUGACGCCCAGGUUGCCAAGGUCUGCGUCUCGCUCCUCUGCGCCGUCCUCGAGUCGAGCCCAAUUGCAGCCCGCCGCGUCUUUGCCGACGUCGUGCCCAAGGUCCUCGCGCUUUACGCCUCGCCCAACGUCCGCGCCUCGACCCAAGCCACUCUCCUCGGCUACAUGCUCGGCUUCAUUAUCGCCACCAUUUCGGCCACGGAGCUGCAGUCGGCCGACGUCCUCACCGAGCUCUUUGCUCCUGUCCUGCCGACUUUUUUGGAGACGUUUGUGCCACUUGUCCGCUCCCGCUCCGACCCCAUCAUCCGCAAGACGUCGGUCAUGGGCCUGCGUGCCUUUCUGGCCUCGUCAUUGGCCAUGAAGGUCAUGCACAGCCUCGACGACUCGGCCGUCGUCUCCGUUCUGGAGCUCUGCCUCGACUCGGUCCUCACCGACGACGACGACCGUGUUGUCGAUGAGGCGACCGAGACUCUUGUCGCCGUCGCCAACCUCACCGACUUUAGCUACGCCAUCGACUGCUUGCUGGCCGUGGUCGUCACGCCGCUCACGAACCUCUUUGCUAGUGAGCUGGCGCGGACCGAGUCCGACAUGGACACCGCCCGGCCGCCGUUUGCCCGCGUUCUUAAGCUCCUCACCUCGCUUGCCGGCGCUUCGCCGCAGCUCUUCCUCGCAUCCUCGGGCACCUUUUCCUCUGCCGUCCGCGCGACUUUGCUGGCUCCGGAGAGCGCGACCCUUGUGCUCGAUGCUCAGCUAGCUCUCCUGCGGGCGGGCAAGGUCCUGCGGCGCGGCGCCCCCGACAACGAGGCGCUGGCCGAGCGCGUCACCAUUCUCGCUGCCGACCAUCUCACCGCCGCAGUGGCCGGCGAGUGCCUCCCGUUUGCUCCCAGCGUCUCGGUUCCGCUGCUGGCCGAGGCAAGUGCCGCACUCCCGCCCGCUGACGUUUUUGACGCUCUCUCCACGGCUGGAGUGGCGCCAGACACGCUACCGCUCGGCGUGCUCAGCGGCAUCCUCGGUGGCGUGCCGGCGUCGGCUGGAGCUGUGCCUGCCGGCCCACCCGCCGACGUUGUGGCUGCCGGCAUGCGCCGGGCACUAGCUGCGCCCGCUGACGAUGCCGCGGGCCCGCUGCUUGGCCUUGCCGUCAACCGCUUUGGCCUCGAGAGCCCAGGUAUGGAGGGCGUGGCGCAGGCCGUCUCCUCGUUCAAGCUUGCCGUGGCAGACGCUGCAUCGGCCCCGCUGGAGCUUGCGGCGCAUCCCGCACCGGCGUUGCUGGGCUGGAUGGCGCGGGGCCUGGUCAUGGGCCCGGAGUUUAACGCCGGCCACGAGCUCGUGCUGGCCCUCCUCUCGCGGACUGCGCUGGAGAGCGAGGGCUCCGAGGCGUUUGCUGACGCGGUUGGGGUGGUCAUGGGCGUUGGCGGGCCGCGGCCGUACGAGCUCCUGUUUACGCUCGACACAGGUGCCGCACUCCGGCUCAUGUACAAGCAGAGGCUCUUUGCCAGCCUUCUGCCACACCUGCUCGACGAGUUUGAGGCAAGCAACGAGAUCAACGUGCUCAUCGGCGUCUCGCAUCUGGUGCGCGGCGUGCCCAAGGCUGUGCUCGAGCCGCAGCUCGAGCUGGCGCUGCAGGUGGCGACGGUGACCUCGUUUGCUGCGCUGGCGGUCGACGUUCCGGCGCGAAUGGCCGAGUUUGUCGACGUCCUCGUCCCCACCCUUAUCAAGCUCGCCGGGUUUGAGGGCUCGGUGGCAGUCCGCCUCGCCGCCGUCCGCUGCCUGGAGGCGGUCACCACGCUCGGAGGCUCGCAAGUCGGUAGGUUGCAGAAAACCGUUCUUCGCCAGCUCCAGCCGGUGCUUGACGACUGCAAGCGGGCCGUCCGCCUCGCCGCCGUCCGGGCGCGCAACAAGUGGGCAGUUCUGAUGUAA